GCCUGGCUGUAGUCUGCUAGUCGACGUGCGUCCACCACUGCAGCAGCAGUGCCCCUGCGCUCUCCGUUAUUAUAGUAAACACGUACAUAUAGAUAUACAGUAGAUUCGCACACGCGUACACGUAUAGAACGUGUGCAUAUAUACGGUAGUGCAGUGAGCUGCAUCACUGCAGCAGCCGCCGGCCCCCCGACACAACGCACGCUGCUCUUUAUAGAUAGAGAUAUAUAUAUGAGUGCGGAGCAUCGCAGAGAUCUAUUCGCACGCGCGAGUUAAAUUAUGACCCGUGUGCAGCAGCAGCCGAAGCCGAAGCAGCAGCUCAGCGCAGCGAUACAGAGAAUAUAUUUGCACGCACUGCUGCAGCCUCUGCUGCUCUAAAAAGCGCCAAAUAAACCCCGCGUUCGUUGAAAAAAUGUAGCGCGUAUUAUUUCAUAUAUAUUCUUCGCCCGCGCUUCAUCUCGUUGGAUGCAGUUCGCGUUUGCAGCAGAAUUGACGUUGGUGCUCUGCAACAGCAGCGGUACAACACACGCUGUACUCGAUCGAUUUUCGACGAUACAUUUUGCACAUCGGGGCGCUCUGCAGAAGAACAAGAAGAACAAGAAGACGAAGAAGAAACGAUAGGAAAGAAAAAAAAAAAGGAGAGAAUAAUAAACGGCUAUAAGUGGUGCUCUCCGUAUAGUGGUGUUGUUUGCAUCUCGCAACGCUCGACUGCGUCUGCUUCUCUCGCUCCCUGUCAGAGUAUAUACGUGCAGAGGAGCACAGUGCCAUAAAUAGUAGCUCUGUCUACAAGUGCAGCGCAGCAACAACAGAAGCAACGGAGUUGUGUGCACAGUAAUGACAAAAAGUUGUUUUUUUCUGCCAAAUACUAAGCAGUGAGAAAUGUGCACGCGCGAUCAUAUUGUUAUUCCGUGCGUGCCUCCAAGCUGGAGAUGAGAAAAAUGUGUCGUUAAAGCGCCUCAUCGUGCGAGCGCCGUGAAUCUCUCGCACUUUGCAUAAGCGCGUGUUUGUGUAUUAUACAAGUGUGUUUGUGUGUACAAAAGUGUGUGUGUAUGUGUGUUGUGUGUGUGUGUGCAACAGUCAAAUUAAAAAGUACGAAUUUAUAUGUAAUUCGUGCGAUAUACAUGGCACACGCGCACGUUUUCACGCACUAGCAAAUAUACAUAUAUUACAAAUUACACGUGCCCGUGACAAGAGAAACAGUGCGCGCGUUACACCAAGUGCUCGUGCUCUGCAGUGCUUGUGUCUGUGUGUUUGAGUGUGUGAUAUGCACGUCACGGUGCAGCAGUCAAGUCUUCCGUCGUUGCAGUCGUGUGUUGCAACGAACGACGUGAAAAAAAAGUGACAUUGACUCCAAAGCAGUAGCAGCCGCCACAAUGAAGACUGAUCAUCACCAUCACCAACAUCACCAUCAUCAUCAUCACAAUCCGCACGUCCAACGACCGAACGGCGCCGACGAGCCACAGCCGGUCGACUCGUCGACGUCGCCCUCCGCCUACAACACGCCGCAGAUCAACAGCGUCCUCAAGAAGUUCAAGAUGUCGGCCUUGAAGAGCCUGCAGGGCCCGAGCUCGGCCAUCUACGCCAUGGACUGCAAGACGGCGGCGCUCAUGUAUCACGAGUCGGCGGCAGCCGCCAAAGCCGCGGCCGCGGCGGUGGCCGCCGCAACGGCCUACGCCAAUUACGGGGUCGUCGCCGCGGCGGCCGCCGCCACCACCACCACCACCAACAGCAGUGGCGUCAUCGGCAUGCCGCCCGCGGCCAUGACGGGCGCGGCCUGCUCGCCCGGGCCCGGUAUACUGCUGCCCGAGCCCAUCAAGCCCGUGGUCGGCUUGGCGCCGGUGCCGCCGACCUGUCUGACGACGAGCGCCGCCGCGACGGUGGUGCCCACGACCACGGUGCUGCCGAGCAAAAAGCAGCAGCAGACGGUGACGUCGACGACGCCGACACCGGCCUUGUCGGCUUCGUCGGCCUCGUCGUCGCCGCAGCCACUGAAAUACAGCAAAGACGUGCUGAGGCUGAGGCCGCUGAUCGACGACGCGGACGACGAUCCACCCGAUGCCAUGAUGAAGGAGCGGGAGAAGAAGCACCACUUGGAGUUUCCGAUUCCGAUCCUGUCGGCGCCCGACAAGCACUGCUCCGCGCACGGCGAGACGCUGCUCGACGGCGACUACAUAUCCUGCUUCGUGGUGGGCGGCGAGCGUCGCUUGUGCCUGCCCCAGCUGCUCAACACGGUGCUGCAGGACUUCUCGAUCGCCCAGAUCAACGCGCUGUGCGACGAGCUUCGAAUCAACUGCUCGCGCUGCACGAGCGAGCAGCUGCAGGAGCUCAAGGACUCGGGGGUGCUGCCCGCCGGAGCCUCGAGCUGCGGCCUCAUCACCCAGACGGACGCCGAGCGCCUCGUGGGUGCCCUCACGCUGGCCCAGGAGUCGCCGACGCCCCUGUUCGCGCUGCGAAGCGGCGAGCCGAACUCGCUCGACUUUCAUCAUCCGCAUCAUCAUCAUCCUGGGCAUCUGGGCACGAGCGACGUGCUCAAUCGCAUCAGGCAUCUGAAGAAGGAACUGCUGGAGCGCCACAACGUCGACGGCAUCAAGCUCAUACUGGUGCAUCACCGUUGCUUCGGUCGCGGCUACGGCUUGUUCGAUAUCGAGCUGUUUUUGAGUGAGGACUCCAAAUGCGUGCAGUGCAUCGAGUGCAAGUACCAGAUGCAGCCCAAGCACUUCGUGCGGCAUCGGCACGGCAAGCCCGAGAACUUCACCUGUCACUGGGGCUUCGACUCGACCUCGUGGCGCAACUACCUCAUGGCCUGGGACGAGGACGAUCCCAAAGUCGAGGAGGCUUUCGAGCAGGUCAAGAAAAAGAGGUUCGACAUCAAGCGGAAGCUCGAGCUGGAUCCAUUCCAGCCGAUCAAGAAGCCCAAGCUGCUCUCGACGCCGUUGCAGAAGGACGAGUCGGCCUCGCCGACCCCGCUGGGGCCCGCUUCUUACGGCCCUCCCAACGGCGCCUAUCCUCCCAUUUACUACAAUUCGCCGCUCGCCGCACAAACCGAUCCCGAAUCCUACGUGAGGAUGGGAUGGGCACUGCUGGAAAUGGCGACGAGAGAAACGUCGGCUUUCCGACCUUGGAAUUCAAUGAUGGCUUCCAAACAGAGGCCUUGCUCACCGUGUGUGCCACCGUAUCUCAGCCGAGGACCACCUGUACUUCAGAAUCCCGAGAGGGUCGUGCCUGUAUCCGAGUGGGAGCGCUUCGAGCCGCAUUACCAGCCUAACGUGGCUCUGGCACCGGUCGUGUCGACCACCACGUCACUGCCACAACCACCGCCUCCUCCGCAACCGCAACAACAGCAUCAUCAUCUUCUGAUAUCAUCGCAACAACAGCAACAACAACAACAACAACAACAACAACAACAACAGAGUACCAAUCACAAUCGGACAACAGCGACGACUCUGUCGACCACGCUGACGACGGCAAAAACCGAGCCCGCGGCAUCGGCAGCGGCUGUUGCUGCCUCCGUUGUUCGGAGUAGCAGCACCGAACAACAGCGAAGGGACGAGGAGACGAUCAAACUCGAAAAGCAGGACGUAGCAGUCGUGGAGGCAAUGGACGUGGUCGACGACGACAACGACGACGACGACGACUGCGGCAGCGAGAUCGAAGUGACUGCCGUCGAUCUGAGGGACAGUGGUACAGCCGCCACCACAGCCAUAGCUGCCAAUGUUGUUGUUGUUGACGCGGAGCACAAAAUCAAGUCACAUCUUAGCGAUGCCGAAACGCCGACGCAGCUCAAGCGAGAAUCGGCCAAGGAAUCGACACCGGAGCCAGACCGGGGUGACGCCACGUCCCCGGCAAAAGCCACCUCGACGACUACCGACUGCGAUGCCGCUGCCAUGCCCACGACCGUCAUUACCAUAAAGGACGAGGCUGCUCCUCCCGCUACAGCAGCAGCUUCUCCACUCAAGCUGCUGUCCACGUCGCGAUCCCACUCGAGAUCGGCCCUCGUCACGCCGCCAACGUCGCCGCCCUCGCAAAUCUGCAAAGAGGAACCCCAGGAACCGGUGGCGUACAACAACGCGCCGCCGUUAACGGAACAUCCUUGCUCGCUCGCUCAAAUGGUUGCGAGUUUCGAAGAGCGAUUCGCGAUGCUCAAACCAAAACCCGAGGUACGCGAUGCAGUCAGAGACUUUCUCGAUCAAUUGCUUCUCCGUGAUAAAGAGCUACCGAAACGGAUCAUCAAGCGAGAAACUGACAGUCCGGUGAUGCUCAACAACACUCAUCACAAAGUCGACGGAGACACGUAGAGCUGAGGUGCAACGAUCGAACAAUUGCCGUUUAAGAAGAGGUCAACGGUGCUGCCCUGGCUCUGACCUUCCCCUUUCCGAGAUUCGAUUUUUUAGCCGAUAGAAGGUGAAGGAAUAACGAUUCACGACCAUACACGGCCUAUUAAAAUUGUACAUUUUUCCCACUGAUUCGAAAUAAUGCAGUGCAUUUUCAUUGGCUAUGUUAAUGGCGAGAAAAAAAAUUACAUAUACGCCGUUGCUGUGCUUGCGUAUACACCGAAUUAAUCAGUGUAACGGUCUGGGAGCUAUCGUGCGAUUUUCGAUGUACCGCGAGGCUCAACGAUAUGUGCCAUGACGACAUUGAGAAAACGACGAAAAUGACGUGCGAUUAUUUUUAUUUUUUUUCUGUCACUACUUUGCUACGCUCGGCCAAUCUGUUGCUCAAGCCUUCUCGAUUACCGUUGUAGAGGGCCGCUCCGACAUAAUCGGCUGAACGGGGCAAACUUAUUAAUUAAAGUACAAAAACCCUAGGUGCUACGUCAUUACGCUAGGUACAUUAUGUGCGAAAAAAUUUAAGAUUAAUUUCGAGCGGACUCGAACGAUAGUAGGCGAUAACGUUUGGUAUUAUUGCCAUGUGCUCUAUACCGCAUAAACAUGUAAAAACGUGUGUAUGAUAUAUAUAUAUAUAUAUAUAUAUAUAUAUAUAAAUACAUGUACGUA